UAUAUAGUUAGCAGACUGCCUUUUCUCUAAACAUGUUCAUCUUUGCUUCAGAAUGGAGUUAGAGAUAUCUUGAAAGCAGCCAUUUCCAGGGUAACUUAACAGAGGAGCCAAGUGAGCAGAAAAGGAGCAUGAAGCUGGUGGUAGAAGUCAUAGAUGCUCAUGGUCUUGUGCCCAAAGAUGGUGCAGGAUCAGCAAGUCCAUAUGUAGAAGUCGAUUUCGACAAUCAGCUCAGCAGAACCAAAACUAUCCCAAGAAACCUCAAUCCCAUUUGGAACCAGAAACUCCUCUUUGAUUUCGACAUAACAAAAAACUACCAUCAUCAACACAUUGAAGUCUCUGUUUACCAUGAGAGAAGACCUGUUGCAGGCAGGAACUUUAUUGGAAGAGUGAGGAUUUCUUGCUCGAAUGUUGUUAGGAAAGGAGACGACAUUUAUCAGCGUUUCCAGCUAGAGUCGAAGUCUCUUUUUUCGUUUGUCAGAGGUGAAAUUGGCCUUAAAAUCUAUAUCUCACCUGAACCUGAGCCAAAUUCUCUGCUCAAUUUAGCACAGCCACCACCAGUACACUCUAGACCUCCCAAAGUUACAGAUACAGUUCCUACUUCUCCACCUUCUCAAGCCUCUCUUGCUGAUGAUUCUAUCAAGUCCAUAGAAAAUAAUGGAAAUUCUGAACUUCCUUUAGUUGAAUCUGAUAGCAACCAGACAGAGGCUGACUCUAGAAGUGACAUUCCAACGCAAGAAUCUACGAGUGAGAUUGAAGAGACUGCUGAAAUUAGACCAGAAACUAUUCAUCACGUUCACAAGAGCCAAGUCCUGCACCAACAGGGCUUUUUGUUGGGGAAGAGGGCAGAGGGAGUGCAGUUAACAAUGCAGCGUCCGAUUAGCUUACAAGCUCGUGCUAGCAAUGAAGAUGACUUUGAGGUGAAGGAAGCAAAUCCCCAGCUUGGCGAGCAUUGGCCGAAUGGUGGAAGAGGAUGGAUGAGUGGUGAAAGAAUGACGAACACGUUCGACCUUGUUGAGCAGGCAUUCUAUCUGUAUGUCCGUGUAGUCAAGGCCAAAGAUCUUCCACCAAGCUCCAUCACUGCCAGCUGUGACCCAUAUGUGGAAGUGAAGCUUGGGAACUAUAAAGGAAGAACGAGACAUCUUGACAGGAAAACGAAUCCUGAGUGGAACCAAGUAUUUGCCUUCUCCAAAGAGCGGAUACAGUCAUCAGUUCUUGAAGUUUUUGUGAAGGAUAAAGAGAUGGUGGGAAGGGACGAUUAUCUUGGAUGGGUUGUUUUUGACUUGAACGAGGUCCCAACCAGGGUGCCGCCUGACAGCCCUCUAGCGCCUCAGUGGUACCGACUGGAGGAUAGGCGUGGAGACGGCAAGGUGAGGGGAGAAAUCAUGGUUGCAGUGUGGAUGGGAACUCAAGCUGAUGAGGCCUUUACCGACGCUUGGCAUGCAGAUGCUGCUUCCGUUUAUGGGGAGGGAGUUUUCAACGUCAGGUCUAAGGUAUACAUCUCUCCAAAACUUUGGUACUUAAGGGUGAAUGUGAUUGAAGCUCAGGACAUCAUUCCAAAUGAUCGCAGCCGCUUGCCAGAAGUUUUUGUGAAAGUUCAGGUGGGAAAUCAGGUGCUGAGAACUGGGAUAUGCCCGGCUCGGACAGCAAAUCCUCUGUGGAAUGAAGAUCUAGUCUUUGUCGCUGCAGAACCGUUUGAAGAGCAGCUUGUCCUCACUGUUGAGGACCAAGUGCAUCCUUCCAAAGAUGAGGUAUUGGGAAGAAUAAGUCUACCUUUGACGGUUUUUGAGAAGAGGCUAGACCACCGGCCCCUGCAUUCUCGUUGGUUCAACCUUGAAAAGUUUGGAUUCGGUAUGUUAGAAGCCGACAGGAGAAAGGAGCUUAAGUUUUCAAGCAGAAUACACUUAAGGGUGUGUCUUGAAGGUGGAUAUCAUGUAAUGGACGAGUCGACAAUGUAUAUAAGCGAUCAACGACCAACAGCAAAGCAGCUAUGGAAGCCUCCAGUGGGAGUACUUGAAGUCGGAAUACUAGGUGCUCAAGGACUUCUCCCCAUGAAGAUGAAGGAUGGGAGAGGAAGCACAGAUGCCUAUUGUGUAGCCAAAUACGGGCAGAAAUGGGUCCGAACAAGGACAAUUCUGGACAACUUCAGCCCCAAAUGGAACGAACAGUACACGUGGGAAGUCUAUGAUCCCUGCACCGUCUUAACACUGGGGGUGUUUGACAAUUGCCACUUAGGAACAGAGAAGCCUGGUGCUGGUGCAGCACGAGACUUGCGCAUUGGAAAAGUACGCAUAAGGUUGUCGACGUUGGAAGCACACCGAGUCUACACACAUUCCUAUCCCCUUCUUGUUUUACACCCAUCAGGCCUAAAGAAGAUGGGAGAACUCCAACUAGCAGUUAGAUUUACCACCCUCUCCCUGGCUCACAUGAUAUACCUCUAUGGCCGCCCUUUACUCCCCAAAAUGCACUAUUUACAUCCUUUCACCGUCAACCAGCUUGACAGCCUAAGGUACCAGGCCAUGAGCAUUGUAGCUGCAAGACUUGGUCGGGCCGAACCCCCACUCAGAAAAGAAGUUGUGGAGUACAUGUUGGACGUCGACUCCCACAUGUGGAGCAUGAGAAGAAGCAAAGCUAAUUUCUUCAGGAUCAUGUCUCUCCUCUCCGGUAUGGUAUCUGUGAACCGGUGGUUUAACGACGUUUGCAACUGGAAGAACCCCAUCACCUCAGUUUUAGUCCAUGUCCUGUUUCUGAUACUGCUCUGGUACCCGGAGCUGAUACUACCAACGUUCUUCCUCUACGCAUUCCUUAUCGGGCUAUGGAACUACAGGUACCGACCAAGGCACCCACCCCACAUGGACACAAAGCUAUCAUGGGCCGAAGCAGUCCAUCCAGACGAGCUAGAUGAAGAAUUCGACACAUUUCCCACGUCCAGGCAACAGGAUGUUGUCCGGAUGAGGUACGACAGGCUGAGAAGCAUUGCAGGCAGGAUUCAGACAGUGGCAGGAGACAUAGCAACACAGGGGGAAAGGCUUCAAUCUCUGCUAAGCUGGAGGGAUCCAAGAGCAACCAGCUUGUUCAUUUUGUUCUGUGUUUGUGCUGCAGUGGUGCUUUACGUAACCCCGAUUCAUGUCGUGAUUCUUGUUGCAGGACUGUAUGUGCUGAGGCAUCCGAGGUUCAGGAGCAAGCUACCGUCUGUUCCUAGUAAUUUCUUCAGGAGAUUGACUGCCAGAACAGACUGCAUGCUGUGAUAUGGGAUGAUUGUCAAAGGAUGCAUGGUUUGGAGAAUUGUGUGUUGUUUUCUUUUGUAAUGUUUGUUUGAGUUGAUGUAUGCAUGCUUUUAUAUAGGAAUUCAAUAAAUAGAGUAAUGUGUUAUUGGUUCACGGUUUGUGUUCUGUUGUCGUAAUUAUUUUGUUGUAGUCAGUUUAAGUUGUCAGGCACGACUAAAAAUGCUUGUCUUGGUUUUCUGAUUACUUGCACUUCUGUAUACGAUGAGAAACGGAAACUUCAGACAUCAAACAUGCUCAACA